CCUCAGGGAUUACUUGAUUCGGAGUCACUUCCCGGCGUGGGUCCUCAUCGACUUCACUCUACGCCUGACUGCCUUCCUGAACGCAGUGCUAGCGCCAUUAUUGACGUCGAGGUCGAUGCUAGUGCUGGUGACACAUCUUCAAUUUGCCUUGAUCUGCCAUUUAGCCUGACUCCCGGCCGGCUGCUGGAUGUCAGUGGUAAUAGUCAGGGUUACGCUGUUUCGCCGGGCUUCCCACGACGCUCAACGCGGGCACCUAUCACGGAAUUAAUAAAUACUGUCCGCCAAAUGACUGACAUUCGAGAGUUGCGCAGCCUUGCCCAGUUUCUCAUCGAUCAAUAUCAUGUGAUCAGCACAGAAUUAUUCUCAAGCGGUUUAGAGAUAAGUCUUUUAGAUUACACAAAUAACUACCGAUUUUUGUCUGCUUUUAUUGAAUUACGAGCCUAA